CUCUGUCUGUAGCCUAUUGUUUACAUUAUGUUAUAAUUUAUCAUGCAUUUGCAACAUUGUUGUGCUUGAGAGCAUUUUACCCAGACUACACCGGGAAACGGGCAGAGGAACAUGGCGCAGGGUCGGUGAGGAGGACGCUGAACAAUUGAGGAUUAUAUUCCGUGGAUAUUUCGGGGAUCAUGCUGAAAUCCUAAAAUGAGAAUGUGAAAUGGUUGCACUUCCGAAAUCUUGGAUAUCUACCACUGCCCCUUUGAUGAAUAAUAGGAAAACGCCUCUCAGGAAUACCUGCAAUUGCAUUCAUAAACAUUUUUUUAGGACUUACAACCCCUGAGCAUUGUUUUUUAUUCACAAACGUCACAUUUUCAUCUAAAUAUUACAUGGGAAAAUGGCUGAGAGAAAUAAAAUGAAUAUAGAGGUCCCACAAGGAGUUGAUAGACUUCGAGUGGAGCAUAAAAAGGUGGUGCAAGGCUGUGAAGGUCAGAUCCAUCACUGGGUGAAGGUAAAGGGUGACUAUGAAACUCUCGAGGAUCGACUCAAAACUCUUCCAGAUCAGGUGUCCUAUGACAUCAUGGUGCCAUUUGGCCCUCUGGCCUUCAUGCCUGGGAAGCUGGUCCAUACCAAUGAGAUCACCGUACUGCUGGGGGACAACUGGUUUGCAAAGUGCUCUGCCAAGCAGGCCCAGAAGCUCGUGGAGCACAGGAAGAAACAUGUAAAUAGUGCGCUGGAUGACUUGCACAAGACGAGGAAGGACUUUGAAGCCAGAGUUGGGUUUACAGAGGAUCUAGAAAAACUCUCAGGCGCUAAAGGGGACUAUGUGGACAUCAGAGAAGAGGUUGGAAGUAUUGAAGAAAUGGUCAGCAAAGGAAAGCAGCGUGUGGCUCUUAAGCCCCACUCUAAGCCCAAAAUGGAGGUUGUUGUGAAGAUAGAGGAAGAAGAAGAGGAGGAGGACGAAGAGGGCAGUGGAGAGGGAGAUGGAGGGAGCAGAAGAGUGCUGUCUGAGGAGGAGCUAUGGGCCAGACUGGAUGAGCUGGAAGCGCAGGAGGAGCAGGAAGAGGAGCAUCACCGACGGUUUGACAGUGCAGACACCAAUGGCAACGAUGACACAACAUCCUCUGAGGAAGAGAAGGAGGGAGAUAGCGGCAGCCAUCAUUGUGUCAAUGGACAUGAUGAGAGGAGCAAAGGCAGGGCAUUUGUGCCUCACAACGGCAGCCAACUCAACAGUACAGCCCAGUCAACCAGGGAUGGGGAGGAGGAGGAAGAUGAAGCAGAGGAGGAGGAAGGCGACUGUUUGCCUACCAUCUAUUUCUCUCAUACGGUGGAACCUAAGAAGGUGAGGAUAAACACAGGGAAGAACACCAUGUUGAAGUUCAGUGAGCUGAAAGAACAGAAGCAGCAAGCCAAGAGGAAAAAGAAGAACGGCACCAGCAACGGUCACUCUCACCACGGGCUCCACAACAUCACUACGCCCACAGACCUCUACAGGUUGUUUGUGGAUGUGAAGAACGGCGAGCCCAUCCCCAGGAAGUCAAUCCUGAAGUCCCGGAGCAGAGAGAGCAGUGUGUGUAGCGACACCAGCGAGAGCAGCGCUGCCGACUUCGAGGAGCGCCGGACGUUUGGACGCACUCUGAGCCAUGACGAGAACACGCACAGCGACACCAGCGACGGCAUCACGGAGGAGGACAGCCCCACUGGGGUCCUCCUACACCCCACCAGCAGCUUUCAGGCCUUUUCAGGCACGGUGGUUGAGAAGGAGCCCAUUCUCUUGUCGAUCCCCCAAUUCACCAUUGCUCUGCCAGCACUGCCCACCAUCCCAGAGAGGAAACUGGAGGAGGUGGCCCCCGAGGCCCCCCAAGAUGCCCCAAAGAGGGUGUCCAAGUUCAAAGCUGCCCGGCUGCAGCAGAAGUGACCCAGCAGAGCCAGUCUCCAGGAUCCACACUACGGGCUCCUUUUUUAACAUUGAUUUUCUAUGCCAACACUUUUUUGAGUUGGACAGACCGUGAACCCACCCUAUGAUCUGCCAUCCUUCUUCUUUUUUUGGCAUCACUCUUCAAGCCUCUCUUCUUCUCUUUCAUAAUGUUUUUCCUGUUAGUACACAUUGCAAUAUAAACAAUAUGCAUAUUCUGUAAGAGGCAGUACUCUGUAAGAGUAGCAUAACAUUGUUGAGAAAGCAACCCAACCCAACACACUCACUCUUAACCAUUUACCUGCCUUGUAUAAUGGAACAUCAAGCUUUUUAGCAAAGAACCCCAUUAUUUAUGCAUUAGUACUUCACUGCAAUAUGUUUUUAAGUAAAGAGGUAGUUUAUUUAGAGCCCUCAUCCUCCAACAUUAUGGCACUACAUUAGUCAACACUGCCUAGGUGCGCAUUUUAUGGUGGUUGAUCUUGUGUCAGUGUCUUGACUAUACUCUGUGACAAAGCCAGUGGUUUACAACUCUAUUCAUUGUUUGAUCCAUGAUUUUGCCUGCUAUGCUAAGACGACAUACUCUGCAUCAUUCAAUUUAUUUUUGCCUUUUCCUUUCUUAAUUAUUCUACGACAGGGUCAGAUGUUAACUUCCCUUUAUUUCCCCCAAUCCCCUUGUACCUGCCUAUUGAAUGUAUGUCCACCUCUGUGACCAGCUUUAUGUCAAAAAUAAAUAUUGUUGUAAACUGGAAUGAAAAUAAAAGAUUUUUGGACAAA